GCGCCCGCAAGAUACACAUGCUUUCUUCUCUUGGAAAAUCGAAAGGAUUGGAAAUUACGGUUAUAGUUUUUAUAGAUUUUUCGUCAGUUUGCGGCUCAAAGUGACAUAUCAGAAAUAAGAGAGAGCAGCCAGUAGAUGGAGCACUACACAAAAGCUAGUAGUCACGCUGCUGAGAGGGAAGAGAAGAAGGAAGUGUAUGAUAUUCAUGUCAAGAGUGGAAGCAAGAUAAAAAACAUCAUAUCUCAAGCCUACAGACUGCUGAAGAACAAAGAGGAAGAGAAAAUAGUAUUAACUGGCUCUGGACCUACUGUGACCAAGACCAUCACAUGUGCUGAGAUUAUCAAAAGAAAAUCUAAAGUAAGUCACGGGACAGAAAUGUAGGGAAGCCAGGAUAUUCAAGAUACAUGGGAACCAAAAGAAGAAUCAUUAGACAAGCUUCAAGUAACAAGGAAGGUUCCAUCAAUAACUAUCACUCUGUCCAAGCUGCCAUUAGAUGCAACAUUACCAGGGUAAGCCCAUUGAGAAUCCAUUAUGGUUUUUAGUAAAACACAACUGACAGUUUUCCAUGAGAUCUCUAAAGUAAACGCCGAAAAGAGAGUUGAAAAUACAUUGCGCAGUGGAGUAUUUUUCAUGAACUGCAAGAUGUUUGGAAA